CCGGGCCCUGUGAUUGGCCCGACUCCUGGGCUCCAAUCGCCCGCCCUGCUCCCCGCAGGCCGCCGCGGGGCUCGAUCCAGGGGAGAGCACUGACCGAGUACUCCUGAGCUGCCCGGACGAGGAUGCUAAAUUGACUAAUGGGAAAUCAAGAGGAAAAAAGAGUUACUUAUUUUCCAACCCAAGUAUUUUAAAGGACUUUGAGAAAAAGCAUGUCUUCUGUUGGGAAGACUCCCCGUGGAUCAGAAGCAAUGUCUGAGACAGUGGUGAAAAUCAUUGGAAGCAAACACUUCCGGUACCUCUCGGAGAAGCCAAAGAUCAAGGAAAAUGAGAAUUUGAAGGCAGAAACUCAAACAGUACUCCAGAAAUCCAUGAUUGGUGGUGCAAGGCAGAUAAGCAGAGACUCCCCAACUCCUACUAAUCCUACUGAUCAUCAAAUCAAUCAUGACCUGGAUGAUAAGGAAGAAAGCAAGCACCCAGAGAACAACCAGAAACCAGAGAACAACCAAAAAUUUCUAGCAGGAGCACGCAGUAACAGAUUUCUGGAUGGCAAAAUUCCCAGCCAGGCAAAUGUCUAUUGCAGCUCGGUACCAACUGGAGACCAGUCUCUGUCCUAUAUCCAUGGUCUCCCCAGGAGAAACAUAAGAGACUGGUCCUUGGAACGGAUGGCAAGGGGCAGCUCUGACCAACCUGAGGAUUUUGGCCAGAAGCCAAGUGGAACAAGAGAAGAUGCUUUUCUUCUUGCCCUGGUCAGAAGAGAACUCAGAUCAUGCCCCUUGAAUGCUGGCUUACUAGAAAAACUUCAGAAAGAGCUGAUGACCCUGGAUCCUAUCUCUUCAGGAUUUCUUCUCCAAUCUCAACUUAACUGCCUUUUCUUGAGGCAUGAAGUCCCUCUACAGUUACCAACAGUCAAGAUCCUUUGCCAGAGAUUUUCUAGGCGGGACACUCCAGAAAUGGUGAAUUAUGGAAAGGUCCUCCGGUUUUUAAAAGCUGCCACUUCAGAUGAUCCGAAGCAAAGCACAAGAGCUGUGGGCAGCAACCCAAUGAAAACUCAAAGUUGUCAUCAUCAUAGCCAAAGCAGGACCACUCUUCACGAUGCCAGCCCUCAGUCAGAAGUGAGCCAGAACCUGUUGGAGAUCUUGAGGGCACUAAGGACAACCAGUGGCAAACUCGACAUAGAGGGCCUCCGCCUGAGUUUCCGGAAAGAAGACCGCUCUUUCUCUGGCUCCCUGCCCCCACCCAAGGUUAGGGCUAUAUGUGGAAAGCAUGGAUUAUAUCUAACUUUGAGUUUCCUGGAAACAUUGCUAAAUCAUCAAGAUUUGGGUUACCAUGGUGAAAUAAAAUGGCAGAACUUCGUUGAGUUGUUGAGCAAAGCUUUCUCUGAUUUGUCACAUGAUUUGCCUGCAGGGAAGCAUGUAAAGAAAACCUCUGGCACCGCAGUGCCGGCUGAAGUUCCUGAGAUGUCUCCAGGCAAAACAGAACAUAUGAAAACUCCAGAAGAGAAGCUGCCAUCAGAACACCGUCCUGCUGAGAUUUCAGCCCCAGAUGAUCCCCUACAAGCCCUGAAGGUCAGGCCAGUCUCACAGCCUUUUGUGAGUCCAAUGAUGAUGAAGAAAGAGUCUGAAGAACAGGAGAUGUGGAUCAACAGGUUCAGGAAGCUGGAGAAUGCCCUCUACCUGUGUGAUCUGAGUAAUACAGGGGUCCUGGAGAAAGAACGGGCCAGACGUCUCAUUCACAACUACAAUCUCAUUUACAACCUGUCCCUGAGCCCUCAGAAAAUCGACCAAGCCUUGCGGAGAUUCCGUGUGGGAGAAAAUAUGCUCUUGGAACCAGCACUUCAGUACUUAAAGGAGCUAUGAUAACAAGCCCAUAUUGUGAGAACAGAUGUUUCCUUUAUCUUCCUUUUUACCCAGACAUGUGUUCCUCCCUGUCCUGAGUGUAGUGGUAGAGGCACUGUCAGAGUUGAGGCCGAUACAGCACUGGAGAUGCUUUGGACUUGGACUUCUUUUCUGGCUAUGAUGCUCCCCCAUAAGCAGCUCAGACUGACCCUGGAAAACCAGGUUUCCCCUCCUGAGGUGGCAAGAACUCAAUUUCUUAAAGUCCUCUUCUAUUCUCAUAAAGCUCCUUAUUGUCAUUACAUGAUUUUCCCCCUAUAUUGCUGAUAAAACUUUAUUUUUUGCAAACCCUGGAAUUCCAAAUAG